GGAUAAUCCAGGUCUGAAUUGCUGCAUACUACACAUACAACCGCCCUUUUUGGUCAUCAAAGGGCACAUCACUCUCCGCCCACCCCAUUUGCUAUCACACCUCAUUGGGCCAUUAGGCCCAAAUCGUCUCAUUCCUCCAUCACCUCACGUCGCACAUCAGCCUCUGUUUCGUGUCCUGCUCGGAGCUGCUAUUUGUCCAUCAUGUCCAUCCGCAUAGCUUUGGACCAGCAGCCUGAGUUCUACACCAAUCUUGACUUCAUCCGCGGCCGCAUCAUCUUGGGUCUCAACCGCGCAGAACAAAUCGGUAGCAUCGUUGUCAAGCUUGAAGGCGAGUCGGGUACGGCUCUACAAGCUCCCAACGCCUUUGACGCGGAUUACGCUCCUAGGCCACCAGGAGCCCCCCAGCGUCCCCCUGGUAGCCUUGCAACUGAGAACCACAAGAUCCUCUACAAGCUCCAACAGGUCUUUCCAGAUGACUACUACGCCAGCUCUUCGAGUCCAUAUGGUUCAUACCCACUCCAAGCCGGCGAGCAUGAGUUCCCGUUCAAUUUCAAGCUUCCCAUCAACAAUGCCUGCAGCGACCCUGAGGCCAUGUCAAAGAUUGGUGGCAUGGCAAAUGUAGGCGGCUUUGGAGGUGGUGGCCUUUUUGGUAUUGGAGGUGUGAGAGUCAUGGACGGAAGCAAGCAACUCUAUCUUCGUCAUGUCACCCGCACGCUGCCACCCUCACUGACUGGCUACCCCAUGGAGGCUGAGAUCCGUUACUACAUCAAGGUCACGAUCCAGCGUCCAGGACUGCUCAAAGAGAACUGGCGCUAUCAGAUUGGUCUCAAGUUUCUUCCAAUCGAGCCACCGCGGCCCAAGCACACGGCCCAGGAAGCCUUUGCUCGCAGGCCGUUUACGUUCCGGCCAAGGUCCCCAGUGCCGGACAAGAAGCGCAGUACACUCUUCAGCUUCAAGGGUAGUGAAGACUCCAAGUCUGCCUCCACCCCGGAGCCGUCCCCCGAAACCGCCCCGGCUCCGGCUAUCGAGAUUUCCGCCCGUCUGCCCCACCCCAGUAUACUGACUUGCAACAAGCCCAUUCCGCUAAGACUUAUUGCAAAGAGGUUGAACAACAACCCGGAUCAGGUCUUCCUGGUCUCGUUCCAGAUGGAUCUGAUUGGCCGUACAGAUGUUCGGGCUCUAGAGCUUCACAAUCAGAAACUCAACCGAUGGGUGGUCGCCGCCAACUCUAACCUCAACAUCCCCUUGACUUUCUCGCCAGAGGAUGAGCUUGGAAAGGAGCUAGUGAUUCCCGACGAUGUGUGGAAGAAUAUGCCUCUUCCCAACACCGUCGCACCAUCCUUUGUCACCUGCAACCUCUCCCGAAGAUAUGAGCUCGAGGUCAAGCUUGGGUUGUCUUGGGGUAAACCCAAAAAGGGUAUUGCAUCCAGAGACCCAUCCAAGAACCCUCAGGUCAUCCAUCUACCACUGCACUUUGCUCAGCUAGAGGUCUUUUCCGGUAUCACUCCACCACCCGAACUCGUCGAGGCGGCGAGGUCUGGCCGGCCGGGACGAGCGACCUUUACUGGGAAUGCACCCGCCAAUGGCCUACCUCCUCGUCUGCCGCCCCGUACAAACACAGCGAGUGCCUCGAUGGCGCCACCUCAACAACAGCAACAUCGACCAGCUCAGGCUACUCAUCAAGUACCUCCUCAACCAGCUCAUGAUCCGCUAUACCCGCCGCAGCUGGCACCAGGUCAGGACGCACCACCAUAUGACGAUGCACCGCCUAGCUACGAUGAGGCCAUGGCAGAGAACCUAUCGGGUCCCUUUGAUGGAAUGCAAUCACGGCCGGCUUACAGUGGCGUCACCAACGAAAACGCACCGAGCCAGAUGCCCCCUGAAAAGAACUAAAUCGUUGCAAAGCACGGCUUGAAUGUUUAAAUUUUAAUGCACUCAACUGUAAUGACGACGGCGGGCGUUGUGGAUGGAUGGGAUAGGAUGGGAUGGGAGGGUAGGGAGUUGGGAGAGUAAUGCAGUUAGAUGCCCGUUGGAUCAUACCCAGUAGCAUGCGCUUUGCCCAUGAUCGGUCAGGAGUUUCGGAGACGAACUUUGUUAAGAGGGAUUAAUAACAUACUCGCA